UACCGAAGAUCCUUCACAGGUAUUGCUGCAAAUGCCAUGUCCUGGUUUCCUGCAGGAUUCAUAUUGAUUUUUGUUAACAAAAUUUCACGCAAGGGUUUCUUCAGGAAUUAAUCCAGCGAUUGUACUAGAAACUGUAGAACAUCUCUCCUAUUCAUUUCUGAUGAUUUUGAGUUUAAACUCGCUGAUGCUUUCCAUAUUUUACGAGACAUAGAGUAUGGAAUACAUUGACACGAGAUCUCAAAAGAAAUUUUAUUGUGUGUCAUUCGAUAUGCACUCUCUUGCAUUUGAAAAUAAGCUUUAUUUAUCUGUAUUUUCAAUAAUUCGUCAGGUAUUUGCUAAAACGAUAAAUACGUCUCUACAUCGCAAUUGGUAGUCGGGUUGUCAUGGAAUUGUACAAAUUUCACUCCAGAAUACCUCACAAAUAUUGGACAGAUGGCCUCUAAUCAGUCUGGCCAAUAGCACAAAGUAUCCAAUUAUCUGCAGAAAUUGUUCGUUGACUGGCGUGAAAUUCCAUCCAAAAUACGAUAACAGAGGACAAACGACCACGUUCCUCAAUACCCCUUUCGACACUACACCUCAACUGGUAUGCAACAGCUGCGACUGGUGAGCUUCUGCCGAGCUUCAUUUGAAUACGAUCGAGAGGAGGAAUCAGAUAACAGUUAUCUGCUCAACUCUCUGCCUCUGGAAGAAGUAAAAAGCCAUAGAAAAACCUUACCUAUCUUAUCAAUUAUCAUACCCAUAAUUUUGUCGUUGGUUAUCAACACGGGACCAGAAAUGUAUGUGUGUGUGCGUGUUUGUGUGACUAUCUGUGAAUGCUCAUCGAUUUACUGUCAAUCCUCAACCCCCGGACCAUGCGGCCGCCCCUGGGGCUUAUUGGGUAUUUGGAUAGGUUGACUGGGUUUUGCUUCUUAUCAAGACAGCUCAGAUUGGGGCUAUGUUUGCAUAAAUUUUGCCGCGAUAAGCCCUUGUCCGGGGGCGAGGCAGCUCUAUAUAUAAAACCCCGGACUUCCGAGCUGGUCGCGACCAUAAGCAAGAGUGCACCGCUAGCGAACAGAAUGGUUCUCCGGAAGGUUAUUUUCGUGAUACCUAGGAUUUUAACAGCAGAAUGCGCACAAAGUUUGUUCACACGUUGGCCAAUUACCAGUUGGAGCUGAAAGGCCUGAAGACACGCUUUGAGUUUGAAAAGGCGAAACCUUUAGAUGAAGCUGACGACGAGUUCAUCGACGUGACUGGCGAUGACUCGAGUGAAGUACAGCCGAAAAUCAUUCCAAAUUUGGAACAACCACCGUCGAAGAUUUACUACGACAACAUUGAGAAGGAAUCCAGUGACGGAGGGUUCUUCGAUCGUGACGAUUUGGAGGACGAAGACGAGAAAAAUGAUCUGAUCAUAGACUGUAAGCUCAAUAAUGGAGAGACGUGGGAAAAGAAGACUGAAAGCGGUAUCUGCAGUAGGACAGGAGAUAAACCAACGACGGAGCCAGAAUUGGUCUUCAAUUUUACUGUUGUGGAUACUCAAUUAAUUUACAAUGAAGCUGACGGCACAGGAUCAAAGUUAUCACAUUCGAAAGAUCGGUGUGGCGAUAAUGACGGACCAGUGGUUUCGAUAACGAUACCGUCUCCUAAGAGAGCACAUCCAGUGGAGCAGAAGCAAAGUUUGCUUGCAGCCAAGCUCAAGGAAGUGCGCGUACAUCCUUAUGCCAGAACAUCUCCAAAGCUUUCGAGCAGAGCGAGGAGGAUAGAUGAAUAUCCUUCAAGUUUAUCUAUACCGGUUCCAAACGAUAGUUUUUAUCGAAAACAAGAAAAAAAUGAACCCAUCGGUAGCAGAUUUAGACCUUCUGCCUUUUCACCUCCAGCAAAAGUUCACGUUGUGCCACAAUCCGUGCAUCUGAAGCCAUCAAUAAGGCCUUCAACAAAAUCGAUCAGUUUAUCAUCACUUCAAUUACCUCCGCCUCAAAUACUUAGAAAACCGCCACCAAAGAAACUGUAUCAUCAAUUAUCACAAGUCCAACAAUCAGUCCGUUAUCCACCAUUUCACCAGCACACUUUGAAAAUCCAAACCCCAAUGGACAAGCAACAACACCCCGAGCGAUUAAUCUUACUACCAGAAGUCCAGAAGUCACCCAGGUAUCUCCCGCCGCAAUUUGGCUUCGGUUCAGCCGUUCUUCAGAAUCUAUACGACCCGGAACAGCCGCUAGACUUUUCCAAAAACUCUCUUCUGUGUCAGUAUGAGAACAUGCUCAAAUGCUCUCAUCAGCAACAGCUUCGCCAAGGCCAUUCAAUUCUCCGCUCUAUGCCUCUACCAGCGCCACCGAAACCGCCGAAAAGUGCUAGUCGCCCCAAAGUGGUACCUCUAAAACAGCAUCCCACGCUUUACCGAAUUCAUCAAGCAAACAAUCGUCCAUCGAACGAAAGCUUCAAUUCCUGCCCGAAAGCCCCGAUCUCUCCAGAACCUCCCCUCAUAGUAACAGAAACCUUCCGGCAGCACAUGAACCUAGAAAUUGAAAAGUUCUUCACCAGGCGCCAAAAUGAGAUUUGUCAAGCCUUGCGACUGUUCGCCACUGAAAAUAUCAACCUCGAGGACCUGUUCCGCCGGUUAGAACAUUUCCAGGUUCGAUUCAGCCGUGACUAUAAUGGCCUCGCUUGUACCAUGGUGGAACGCUACGGCUACCGAAUUCGGAGGGGACUACAUCCGACUCAGUUGAGUUAUCGAUUUAAGGAGCAACCUCAAACUUUCGCAGAGUAUUUUCGAAGUGUGCAGGAUUCUCUUCGGCCUCAUGUACCGGAAGAAACGUUGAACAUAUACCGUUUGGUGGUCGGAAGCCUAUUGGAACAGUUCCGGGACUCGCUGGAACACUUUCUCUCUAGAAACCUACACUGAACGAUUCUUGUGAUACGGAAUCCGAGCUGAAACGAAAUAAACGCCAUAAUUUCAUUGUAAAUAUCAAAAUAUAACACAGCAGAAGUUCUCUUAUCUCUGAAUUGGAGCCUGUGGGAAUCCAUAAAGGAAGUCGUGUUAGAAAUUACUGGUGCCAUCAUAGAAGUCUUACUAGGUCAAUGCUCGAAUAGUGUUAAUUCUAAUCAAUGUGCCUCAAGUAGAUUAUGCAAGCCAAUGAAUGUUUUUAGCUUUACUGUAAGCAUCGAUAGUAAAAACAGUCUCAUCUAAUAAGUUUCAACAGCGCAGGAAAAACCACUAGAUGUGAUAUAGUUUGUAAGCAAUAGUAAUUAAAAGUACAAGCAAUGCCGAAAAGUGUCAUAACGUAGGUAAGUCAUUUUAAAUAUUGACUUCCGAAUCGUAGGAAGAAUAAUAAACGAAUUUAUUAAUUAUGUGAUGAA